AAUUGAGCGCAAGUGGCAGUUGGGAUUUCUCGAAUUGGAUUUCAGUUGAACUCUGGACGCGGCGCGGAAAAAUCGUUCCCAGUGUUGCUACGAUAUUUUCGUACAUUUUCGUCCAUGUUUUCGUCUUUUUUUGACCCCAAAAAAGAGGCUACUAAAAGUAAGGAUUGAGGAAUAGGCAGCAAUAUGCACCUGAAAAUCACGCACAAAACGGUGGAACCGGAGGUGCCACACUCCGAUAUGGGUUCCGCAUCCCCAGCAUCUCGGGAUGUGCGGCAGUUUCACGAUCUGAUAACCUGCCGACUUUGUCGCGGUUACAUGAUCGAUCCAACCACAGUGGACUUUUGCUACCACACCUAUUGCCGCAGUUGCAUACUGAAACAUCUGCUGCGAACGGUCUAUUGUCCGGAUUGCAAGGCCAGCGGAGGCAAGGAAAUCAGCGAACUGAAUCUGAAAUCGGACGACACGUUGCGAUCGCUGAUCUAUAAGCUGGUGCCGGGUCUCUAUCAAAGGGAAUGCAAGGAGCUGGCGGAUUUCGAGGAGCAGCACGAGGACUUGGUGGAUGAACAAACGACCCAUGAGCAGGAGUUCUUCACCACCACGGAACUUGUUAGCUUAUCCCUGGAAUACCAUCCUGCCAUGCUGCAUCAGUGUGGUCCUGGCGAGGUGCCACCCACCAUUUACCUGCAAUGCGCCGCCGGAUUGCGGGUGGAGUUGCUGAAACGCUUCCUCUGCUCCAAGUACAACAUAGAGCCAGAGAACAAGCUGGUUGAGGUGGAGGUGACCUACGAGGACGAGGUUCUGCCCUCCAACUUCACGCUGAUGGACGUGGGAUACUGCUACAACUGGAGUCGGCAAUCGCCCAUGGCCUUCUGCUACCGGAUUCUGCUCUACGAGAACGAGCGAGCAAAAAACGAUGAGAACAACCUAUCCAGGAUUAACCAGGACAUUGAACCGGAGCACUCGGUGCGUCGCUCCAAGUCGGCCAAAUCGGUGACCUUUGCCGAGGACCUGGAAUCGGAAAUGGACUCCGUUUCUCCGCGCUCCAAGGCGCGUAGCAAGACAUCGCCCAAGGUUUCGCCCACGUCGAAGAACAAGCGAGUGGCCAUGAGUAAACGGGAACCAGAACCCGAAUCUCCGGUGAGCACCUUCAAGAGUCUCCGGAGCAACGACAUGCGCUACAGUGACUAUGCCGUGUCCAAGGUUAAAAGUGAACCGGAACAGGAGCAGGAUCUCCUGCCUAGGGAACGGGAACCUCAGCCUCUGGAGGCCAACAUGAACAUAGUGGUCAGCAUUCCCCCCCAACUGGGCAAAUCCUACGUCGAUGCUGAGGACUUCGAGUUGAAGACGGCGAACCGAAAGGGCGUGGGUCAUCUGCCCAAGCUGAAGAUCGAACUGAACAGCAUGAAGAGCAAGCUGAGCAUGCCCUUGUCGGCUGGUCCGCGACUGGAGGAUACCUCUUGCUCGGUCCAACAACAACUCGAUCUGGAGACCUAUGCCAAGAAUAUUGGCUUGAAGCCCAUUGAGCAGCCCCUGGUUCAGAGUGUUGCCGCCAAUCCCGAUAGCAAAUACAGUCCCAAUGCCUCGCCCAUGUCCUCGUGCUCUAGCUCCACCAAUGGAUCCACCUGUAGUUUGGGCACUGCCGAUGCCAGUACCUCGACCACCACAUCCAGUUCGCAUCGGAAGCGCAAGAAGAAGCACUCUAAGGAGCCCAAGGAUGCGAAUGGCAAGCGCAAGAAGUUGCAUGCGGAGAUCUCGUCGCAGACGGAUGGCAAAAUGAAGGUAAAGAUCACGGCCAAACCGAAUCACAAGUUGGAUUUUAAGCGUUCCCAUUCGCUGGCCAGUGGAGAGCUGGCUCUCCAGCAGCUAAAAUUGGACAGUACCAGCACUUCGGAUGCUCUAAAUCGCACAUUGGGAGAGGAGGCUAGGAGCAUUAGUAGCCUAGUGGUGGGUGGAGCACCCACGCCGCCACCCACGCCCACAACGGAACCAGAGCAGCAGCAGCAACAGCAGGUGGUAGUGCCAAAAACCAAGGAAUUGACCUUGCCCACAUCACCACCUUUGCCGCCCAGUUUGUUCAAGGCCUAUACCCCCAGCACAACGCCAAUUGCACCACAAACAGUGACAGCAAAGCCCAAGCAACAACAGCAAUCCCCUCAGCAACAUCAACCUGUGGCACAGCAGAGCCUAGCUAAAACGAACCCCGUCAAACCGCCGCUGAGCAGCAACAACAAUCGCCAGCCAAACAGUGGAUACUUUGCUGUGCCAGAAGUUCCAACCAACCGGAAUAUGUACCACAUGCAACGCUACCUGUCCACACCCAGUUCCAUAGCCAGUGCGGCCAACAAGCAGCCAAAGCGUUCCCUGUCCCUGGACGAAUCGCAUCCAGCGGCCAAGACGGCGAGAAUGAGCCAGGCCCAGGCGAUGGCCAGCUAUGCGGCCAAAAUGCAGAUGCACAAAACGCAGGCGGCCACAUUUCUGCCCAAUCCUCAGAUACGCUCCUAUGGACCCGAAAUGGGCAGCAAGCCAACGCUGCCCCUAACAUGUCCCGCCAACUUGAGUCUAAGCCUGCCCAGCUCCGCUCAAGUGACGAUUACGCCCAGGCCAAGAACCACGCCGUCGGUUUAUGCCUUUCCAGAGCCAACUGGCCAUGUGCCCGCCCUGGAAAUAGUGCGAUUGCCGGCUGGUAAACAAAGUGCUGGGGGCAAAAGCCUAACGAUGCCGCCUCUUAGCCCGCCGGCGACGUCCGGUGGCCGUUUGAUGGGACCACCGGCAGCUCUGCCCAAGCAACCAGGCCAUAGUGCGGCCAAGAGGACCAGCCAGUCGCCACCAAUGCCGCUGCCCAUGCCGAUGACCACCUUUCCAGCGAUUGUCAAGUCGCCGCCGCUGUCAGUUGCUCUUAGCGGCCAAAGGAACAAGAGCAACUCCGGCUCCAACUCAAACUCAAACGCUUAUCGCACAUCACCGCCUGCAUUAAUAAAUCUGCGCAACACAGCCACGGCUCCACACUCGUUUCCAUCAAAGUCGAGCCCAAAGGUAGAGGCCAAUUCAAAGAAAUCCCCGCCAGCUGGAUGCCAGGGCAAAACCAAUGGCACUGCCGCAUUGGACAAGUCGAAAACGAGUUUGCGCGAGUUUCGGCCAGCAGUUCAGGCGGUUGUUGCAGCAACAACAACGGCAGCGGGAGCAGCAGGAGCAGCCAAGGAUGCCGAUAUACUUGAUUUAUCAGCUAACCCGGGCAGGAGCACCACCGCCAAAUUGGCGCCCACAUCACCGCCCGCGGGUAACAGCAACAACAACAACAACAACAACAGCACGAGCAACAGCCUGGAGGCAGCCUUGAACAAAAUCAAACAGAACAUAUCCGCCAACAGCAAUGGUGGACCAUCGACCACCACAUCGGGUGGCUCGAACUCAAAUGGCAAUAGCAACGGCGAUGAUCUGCAGAAUCUGCAUAUGCUCUCGGAAUCGGCGACGGCCAGGGAGAAGAUCUCCAUCAAGGCGGCCAGCAGUGGUGGCAGCAACAACGCUAGUAGUACCACCACCACCAGCUCCACGAAACCCAAGAAUGCCAAUGCGUUGGUGAGACCACAGAAUGCUUCGGUUAGGAGCAUACCCAAUCCCUCGGCUUUGGCUUUUCGCAAUCAGCCAGUGGCUUCCAGUGCAGCAGCGGCCACCAGCAUCAGCAAACCACUGACUGUCCGGGCCGAGGAAAAGCCCAAGACAGCCACCAGCAAUCCGGGUCUGCUCAGUCCCACCAGCAGCACUGGCAGUAAUGCCAGCAGUAACAGCAAUUCUGGAUGCAGUGCAGCCACUUCCCCACGGGCCAUGACCAAGAAGCCCACGACCAUUGAUCAGGUGGCGGCCAAUUUGAAUAUUCGCGCCGAGGCCAAGGCCGCUGCCCUUGCCGAGGAGGCGCCACCCGUUCUGAGCAGCAAUGCGGCCAAGUCACCGGAACUGGCCAAGACCACGACCACGGCCGGAGGAGCAGCCUCGCGGACGGAAGCCAAGGAGACGGCCAUCACCGUUUCGGCCGCCAGCACCCUGCUGCCCAUGCCCUCCGGCGUCUCCAGCGGAUCCGGAGUCCCCGAGUCGCUGGCCAAGCCGCCCGUGCAGAUUGCCAAUGCCCCGGUGGCGAGUUCCGCUUAGUCACAAGCGUUUCUGUGGCUGUGCGGAACGCAAAUGUAUCUUGUGGCGCCGCUGGAGAAUCUGCAGAAUACCGACAGCAACUGAGGUGAUGAAAGAUAACUACGAAAAAGGAACAAAAGAGUAGAUCCAACACCUGCAGCACAAGUUCCCCAACCUCGCUCCCGAAGAAAAGUGCAAUUUAUUAAUCAGUAGAAUGGAUCGUAAGCCUUAGAACUAAUCCGAAAUACACUCAACGCUAAGCAAUAUCUACACAUAGGGAAACCGCAUCAUUUGCAUACGUAUGUGCAAACAUUUGCAAUCGAAUUAGUACGCGACUAAAUAAAUAAUCCAAGCAAAAUUCAAAAAUGCCAGCAACAAAAUUCAUUAAUAAAUAAUCCAAUAGAGAGAGAGAGAGGCGAGGAGGAGAAUAAUAAUCAAAACGGCUGGCGUUCGCUGGCAUUUUCGAAAGCAGGCAAGGCAAAAACAAAAUUAAUUAUAAAAUAUCAACAGCAAAUAUGUGUUAAACCGAGAUAAGGUCACACACAAACACAUGCCUUUAAUAGAUAGAUCUUCGGUUGGCUUUUGGCUUUUUGGGAAAAGUCCAAACGGAACCAAACAAAAACUAAUAAAUAGCAAAUUAUUUUAAAAAAGGGCGAUAGUAAAACUGUUUUUGGAGAUAAAAUUACCAAGAAGAAAACCACAAACUGAUAGGAAAACGGAAAUCGCAUCAGGAAUAUUUGAUUACACACAAACACACAGCGAGUGCCGAAAGUGUUUGGCCCACACCCUUCGGGAAAACUGCCGCGAAGUGUGAAAAUUCGGUGGUGGUGGCUGGGCCAGCUAGCCAGAUUGUUCGUAUGUAGGCAAAAGAUACAGCCGAUACCCGAUACACACUCACGUUCCUCAUCGGGGCGAUAAAAUUUUAACGAUUUUGCGCCGCUUUGAGCGAGCGUGUCAGGCAUAAAGAUACAAAACAAUACUUGGGCAUAUAUAAACAAAAGCAAACAAAACGGAAUAAUGAAAAUAACAAACUCGCACUGGCACACAUGCGUAUAUUUAUAUACAUAUACCCGAAUAAAUAUAUAUAUAUAUCUUGUAGAUACUUUUUCGUAUUAGUUGUUUAAGCGAGUAGCGCUUAAUUGAAGCACGAGUUUUGUACAUAAAUUUAAAAAUCGAAGCCAGGCAAACAAAAAAGUAAGAAAAAAGAUACAAACCAGCACCCCAGCACUUGGAAAUGAAUUUUAAUUUUUAGAGCUUCGACCAAAUGAAAUACUAUAUAUACACAAGAACACACGCAUUAUAAAAAUAUUGAUAUACUCCUCUUAUAUUUACGAUAUUCGUACACUCGAAAAGGCUUUAGGUUUUCGUACAUUUAUUCUCUUCUUGCUCUUAGCUGAUAUUUUUUGUUUUGUUAUUUAUGCAUAUAUCGUCUGUACAUAUUUUAAGCGAAGAAUGAAUUAAAAAGUUUAUGAGGGAGGAAGGGAAACACUAAAUUGUAUGAGUUUCUUAGAGGAAUAGCUGGAUUGUAGAAUAUGGUGGCAGAUCCACCCCAUGAUGUAUCCGUAUCUUUUUGCAACCCCUGCUCGUUGGCAGCAUCCCUCGUGAUCGGCGCGAAAUUAACAUAGUUUCCAGGCAAUCAAACAAAUUGAAAGGCCUCGGGUCUCGGAUCGACCAGCUAUUCCAGCUAUUCCAAUAACUUUGGCUCGACUCCUGAUUGUUGUAUAUUUAUUUAUAUUCCUAUUAUCGAGAUAUAUAUACGAGAUGUAUCCAGUUGUAUCUAAGCGGAUAUUGUACUGUUCGGACACCUUAACUAAAUAAACCUAUGAAUACUUAAAUAUAAAGCAUAUAUGUUUAGAAAUCUGAUUGUAUGCACACGUCUUGUAUGUAAUAUUGUUAGAAAACCCUCGAAAUGUAAUCCAAAAAUGAAACCCACACACACACAGAACACCCCUCACACACUAAGUUAAAUUAGCUGAUUUUCGAAAACAAUAAAAACAUGAAAAUGGAACACAGUGUAUAACAAAUGCGA